AUGGAAACUAUUGAGGAAUUUCCUUUUCCUUUCCCUCCAUAUCCAAUACAAACUCAAUUUAUGAAAGAAUUAUAUAAAUGCUUGGAAAAUGCACAAUUAGGAAUCUUUGAAAGUCCAACUGGUACUGGUAAAUCCAUGUCAAUUAUUUGUGGUGCUUUAAAGUGGUUACUUGAUUAUGAAGAACUGCAAAAGAAUCAAUUGACAACUGCAAUUUCUGAACUUGAUGAACAAAUUAAACAAUGUACUAACUCUUCUGAUAACUGGUUUUCUGUACAAACUCAACAAAUAGAAUUAAACAAUAAAAAGCAAGCAUUGCAAACAAAACUAAAUAAUAUUAUUCAGUAUGAGCAAAAAAAGAAUGUUUUAAAAGAAAAAAGUAAAAGUAUGAACAAUAAGAGAAAGAAUUCAUCUAAUAAAAAUAUAACAAAUUCUACAAAGGAUAAACAUGAAGCACAGAAUGAUCCAGUUGAUAAAAUGAAUGAAAAAGAAAGUAUUGAAGAAAGAUUACUUCUAGAAGACCUAGAGCAUUCAGAAAGUUCUGAAGAUGAAGACAAAGAGGAAAUUUAUGAAAAUGUAAAAAUUUUCUUUUGCUCUAGAACUCAUUCUCAAUUAUCCCAGUUUAUAGGAGAACUCAGAAAAAGUCCUUAUUCAAAAAAUGUAUCUGUAAUAACAUUAUCAUCUAGGCAAAAUUAUUGCAUUAAUAAAAAUGUAAAAAAGUUAAAACAUUUAAAUUUAAUAAAUGAAUGCUGUUUGCAAUUACAAAGGAAAAAGGCAACUGUUAGAGAUGAAAAAGAUCUUAAAAGAAAAAAGAUAACCAAUAAUUGCUCUUUUCUGCCAGGAAAUCAAGAUUUACUAAUAGGAGAAAGCUUGACAGAGAUUCAGGAUAUUGAAGAAAUUGUCCAAAAAGGAGAAAGUCUUAAUACUUGUGCAUAUUAUGCAUCAAGAAAAACUAUUCCAUAUAGUCAACUAAUAUUAGUACCAUACAAUACUAUAUUGCAUAAAAAUACUAGAAUUAGUUUAGGAAUAAACUUGAAAGGAAAUAUAUUAAUAAUUGAUGAAGCACAUAAUUUACUUGAAGCCACUGAAAAUAUACAUAGUGUUAUGAUUACAGGCAGAAAUUUAUUGCAUUGUUAUAGCCAACUUUCCCAAUAUCAAAAAAGAUUUCAAACAUUAUUCUCGGCUAAAAAUGUUUUGAACUUAACUCAACUAAGCUUUUGUUUGAGAAAACUUAUAACAGUUUUAGGAGCUACUACAAAAUCAAAUCCUGAUGAUGUUACAAAUGCAGAAGCAUCGCCAAAGUUAUAUAAAAUAGAAGAAUUUGAAGUAAUGACAGAAAUUGAUACAGUAAAUAUAUUUGAAUUAUUGAAAUUUAUUAAAAAUUCUCAAUUAAGUCAUAAACUACAAGGAUUUAUAGAACAGUAUAAUACAAAUUUAAAAAUUCAUAAUUAUAAUACAAAAACAUCUGGCAUAAAACAAUUUUUGCAUUCAAUUAAAACAAAAAACACAGAAUCUGAUACAGUGAUAGAUAUGCAUCCAAAAGAAGAACAAACAAAUAAUCCAAUAAUAGCGAUUAUAAGUUUCUUAGAAUGUUUACAAAGCUGCUGUAAUGAUGGACGCAUAUUUGUCAUUCCAGGUCCAACUGUUGGACAAAGUAACAUAAAAUAUCUUUUGUUAAAUCCAGCAGCACAUUUCCAUGAUAUUGUUCGAGAUGCUAGAGCUAUAAUAUUAGCUGGGGGAACAAUGGCACCAAUGAGUGAGUUUACAGAACAAUUAUUUAUAGCAGCUGGUGCUCCACCUGAAAGAAUUAUUACAUAUUCAUGUGAUCACGUAGUUUCUGAAGAAAACAUAGUUUGUAAUAUUACAACUCGUGGACCAACUGGUAUUGAAUUUGAGUUUAAUUUCCAAAAUCGAGAAAAUAUAAAAUUGUUAGAUGAAUUAGGAAGAGCAUUAUUAAAUUUAUGCAAUAUCAUACCAGCUGGAAUUAUAGUAUUUUUACCGUCCUAUAAUUUUGAAGAACUAAUAUAUAAACAUUUAGAAAACUCUGGUAUUAUUACAAAACUUUCCUUAAAAAAACAUGUUCUUCGAGAACCUAAAAUAGCCUCUCAGGUACAUGAAAUUUUAGAACAAUAUUCACUUCACGUAAAAAAACCAAAAACCCCACAAAAUGGAUCAUUAUUGUUUAGUGUAGUUGGAGGAAAAUUAAGUGAGGGAUUAAAUUUUUCUGAUGAUUUGGGAAGAUGUGUUAUAGUUGUAGGAAUGCCUUACCCUAACAUCAAAUCAUUAGAAUUACAAGAGAAGAUUAAAUAUUUAAACGAAAAUGUUAAAUCAGAUGCUGGUCAAAAUUUCUAUGAAAAUUCAUGCAUGAAAGCAGUAAAUCAAUGUAUUGGACGAGCUAUUCGACACAUUAAUGAUUAUGCAACUAUAAUAUUAUUAGAUAAACGCUAUACUUGUAAAACAAAAGCACUUCCACAUUGGGUUCAACGUACAUUAAUUGUUCAUAAAAAUUUUGGUAGCACAAUGAGUGCUGUAGCUAAAUUUUUUAAUAAAAAGAAAAUUGAUAAAAGUAGUUGAUAAAAAAAUAACAUAAAAGAAAUGACAGUAUAAAUUAAUUAAUUACUAUCAUAUUACUAUUACAUUACUAAAACUACUCUUUUAUCAGGUCUUUUUUUUUAAUAUAGAUAUAAAAUAUUUUAAUAUAAAUAUAAAAUGUAUAGCUUUUACAUAUAAUUUGCAAGAUGCACUUCAAACUUAUAUGUCAGAUCGUGGUAAUAAACUUGACCAGGAUAUAAUAUAG